AUGAUCCCAAAACCCAACAAACCUCCUGAAAAAGUAACUUCUUAUCGCCCAAUAAGUUUACUUCCAACAUUAUCUAAAGUAUUCGAAAAAAUCCUAUUAAAGAGGCUCAUACCACUACGGCAAAAAUUAUCCCUGACACUCAAUUUGGAUUCAGACCCAAUCACUCUACCAUUCACAACUCCACAGAAACAAGUUGACGAUCCAGGUGUUGUUCAAGUUUCAAGCGCUUCUACUUCUUCAGAUCAGCCUAAUCUAAUAAGUCCACAGUGUAAUAAAAAUACUGAUAGAAUUAAUGAUUUGUCCGAUUUGGGUGAUCGAGAGAGUGGACCACGACGUCCUGAACUUGCAGCUUACAAAAAAACUAAAUUUGGAGAAAAGUUUAGAUCAUUUCGUAGUCGGUGGUAUACGGAAUGUGAUUGGUUGGAGUAUAGUGUUCAACGUAAUGCUGCAUUCUGUUUUGUUUGUCGUGUUUUUGGACCAGAGAAUAGUGAAGAUGCAUGGACUAGGACUGGCUUCAACAAUUGGCAAAAAUUAAUUGUGAAACUUAAAAGUCAUUUAGCUACUAUCAACCAUAAAACAAAUGAAUCGAAUAUGAUGGCAUAUAAGUCUAGUGAAAAAGCUGGAUCAUUAGUUACUCAAUUGUCUAGUUUUCAUAAAGAAAAAGUCUCAAGAAAUUGCAAGUAUAUGUCGAGUUUAAUUGAAAUAAUUUUAUACAUUGCAAAACAAGGCAUUGCAGUAAGAGGACAUAAUGAAAGAACUGAUUCAAUAAAUCAAGGUAAAUAUUAG